GAUAUUCGAAUCUUCGUCUCGACGGUAUGGAUCGGCCGUCUCGUCGUCGUCGUCGUCGUGUUCGUCACGAUAAAAGACAAUAACAAUUGAAAUUGAUAACGGACAAAGGUGUGUAAUCACUUUAAUCAGACAGGGCCGAUGGCGAAAAAGACAACAGUCAACAAUAAUAUUAUACAGUGAUAUAGAGUUGUUGUACACACAAACGAGUAACGACGGCCAACGUAAACACAAAUCGCGAUGAUGAUGAUCUCUCGCGGCGGAGUGACGUUUGCUGGCCGAUCAGAAUAAUUCGCGGCGGAGUGACGUUUGCUGGGCCGAUCAGAAUAAUUCGCGGGGAGUGACGUUUGCUGGCCGAUCAGAAUAAUUCGCGGUAUUCAGUGUGCACAGUUUGCAUCCGUUCUUUUCGCGCACCCCGGAAGUGCGGAAAUGCGUUUGAAAUGGAAGCCUACUAUAUGUGGGAGCGGGUCCAUCUAACCGAGGACAUGAGUCGGUCGUGCAGCUCCUGCGACUGUGUCACGUAUUCGUAUUUUUUGAUAUCAGUCUUCCUGUUCACAUUGGGCUCCAUCAUAUCGGUGUUCUCGUUCGGGGCGUUCGACGACACUGUAUUCGCCAACCUGGGCCACAUGUGGAUGGUUGGACCGCUGUGCAUCUGUUCGGCCGUCAUGAUCGGCAUCAGGAACGUACUGUAUUUGCGGAGGCGCCGCGUCAUCGACAUGGUCAUCCGCCAACAGAUAGAGGACAUACGAUCUCAACAGGGGCAGUUGGCGGACGCUCAACAACAGUAUUCGUUGCCGAUACGCACGGUUAGCGAACUUACCUUGCCCCCGUCUUACGAACAGUUGAUUGGCAGCCACAGCGAAGAGGGAAGUGACCUACCACCACCGUCAUACGAAGAAGCUAUUGUCAGCAUGUCCAAGGAAACAACCAAAAGUGACAACAUUAUUGUCCUUAAUUAUUCUGUUAAAUAGUUUAGUGAGCUUGACUUAAUUGCGGGGUGGCGUUUGAUGGAAAUAAUUACAUCAUCAACUAGAAUUUUA